CACGAGUCAUCCGGUCGACAUUUUGUUAGCUUCUUAGCAAAAUAAACCAUCGAAAGGAGCACUGGGGGCAACUCGGUUGUCCUUCGAUUUGUUCUGCGUCGUCUGACAGUUAUAGGCUGUCAUCAUGUGGUAUGAAAUUCUUCCCGGCCUCGCCGUCAUGACCGUGUGUCUAGUGAUUCCCGGCGUCGCCACCAGACAGAUCCACAAGUACACAAACGGAGUAAAGGAGAAGAGAGUCGCUCGGCGUCCGUGGCAGUGGUAUCUGAUGGAGAGAGACAAGCGAGUGUCUGGAUCGGGACAGUAUUAUGCCUCCAAGGGACUCGAGAACAUCCACUGAUGGCCGGGAAUAAAAAUGACCCUAAGGCAAAGUGCUUUGUUGUACAUUAAAAGGUUAUAUUUAACAUCA